UUUAUUUUCAAGGUUAUAAAACCGAAUCGAAUAUGAAGAAAAAAUUAUUCAAUAAAGAACGUUAUUAUCUUAAUAAAAUAAUAACUUAAUUAGAAAUGAGCUCAACGUACGAAAAAUGUCGUCUUCUAAUGUAAUGACCACACGAAUUUAUUUAAAAAUAUUUAGAGGUAAUCAAUACUCAAAUUUGGAGUCUGAGCAUGUGCAACUUACCCCUUCGGUACCUACACCCUCGAAGAGUAGAUCAAUGGAUUCCCUAAUCAAUACAAAGAAUUAAUUCAAAUAACAAAUUUCAACCACAUGGACUAAACAAUUUAUUUCACUGAAUAUGUGAACCUUCUGUUUUAUUUUAAUAGUAAAACGUACAAUGGAGUGUGUCACUGUGUUUUGUGUAAAAUCGUGUGAUUACAAAUUGCCAGAUGGUUAAAACGGUUUUUGCAAUAAAUAUUAGUGGUUUUUGUACAUAAAAUUUGUUAAUAAUGCAAACGUUAAGAAAGAAAACAAGCCCAUUAAAAUAUAAGAAUGAAACGUCUCGCUUUUUGGGAGAAGGGGUGAGCUUUAAAGCGAAACUGAUCGGAAUCUUAGAAGUGUCUGAAGCUCGCGGCGACAGGAUGUGCCAGGAGGCGUUAUCCGAUUUGAAAAUGGCCAUAAGAGCAGCCGGAGAGCAUAAACAACGUAUUACUAUCAAUAUUGCUAUCGAUGGACUGCGCUUACGAGACGAGAAGACUGGCGAUUCCCUUUAUCAUCAUCCUGUGCACAAAAUUUCCUUCAUUGCGCAGGAUAUGACCGACUCUAGAGCGUUCGGUUACAUUUUCGGAUCACCCGAUACUGGCCAUCGAUUUUUCGGAAUUAAAACAGAUAAAGCGGCGAGUCAGGUCGUGAUCGCAAUGCGAGACCUGUUUCAAGUGGUUUUCGCAUUGAAGAAAAAGGAAAUUGAGCUUGCCAAGCAGCAUUUAGAUAAGAAUCGUUACGGAUCAUCAUCGAUUUUCUCAGAUACCACCAUUACUAGUGCUACGAAGAUACAAUUUGGUGGACUUAAUAAGGGCCUCAUACAAGAUACUUCGAACAAGCCAGCAUCAGAUGCAAAAUCAGGGACCACUAGUUCGGAUUCAAAGGUAGACACGCCUGCUGUGGCAGACCUUGUUGAUCUAGAGUUAGAGUUGAGCAGUUUGCAGCAGGGGAUAACGCAAAUGGAGCGUAUCACGCCCUCUGAUCCGUUUGGUGGGAAAGAUGAUCCUUUCGGUGAUAGUUUUACGUCCUACCCGCCUAAGCCGAUAUUACCGCCGCCGCCUUCUACAAGGGAGCGGUCGAGUCGUACCUCAGAGAGUAGUAGUGUGUUCAGUCCAAAAACGCCACGGACUGGUGGCAGUAUAGAAGGCAGUAAUGCGGCAGAUUCGGUGUUUAAUUCCGAACGUAACUUUAAUUUUACUCACGAAUUAAGUAGUUGUCAUGACGAACCGCUAAGCGGAGACUGGUUUACACCCAUUGCUAUUGAUAAAGUAUUUGAUGAACUUUCGUUAGUCCCCGAACCAUCUAAAGAACUGCAACAUGAACUGGCGAAGCAAGAAAUUUUGUCACAGUUUGAUGUGUUUACUGAACUGGACCCUCUAGGUAGGAGCACUGGAAAAAUCAAGCCAUAUAUUGAUAAGAAAGACUUUUUCCAAGAGUUAAAGAAUCCACCCAAAAAAGUGCUCAAUGAUCUGGUUAGUGAGAAACAGCCGCAAGACACGAAAUUAUUUAAUGCCAAUUUUGAACAGUUAUCAACGACGCCAAGGUUAACAACAACAAGCGCUAAUGGUACAUUGACAUCCGAUCCAUUUGCCGAAGAUCCCUUUGACAAAACAGACCCUUUCGCAGACACAGAGUUUUCUAGGCAAGAUCCUUUCGAAAGUGAAAACUUUGGCGCAGUUUUCAAUAAAGAAGUGAAGCCGGUAGACUUCACGGAACAAUUUAAAUUUCCAUCAUACCACAACGAAAGUAUAUCGGUGCUCAAUUCCAAAUUGUCUAAAUCACCAAACAAGGUUGCAGCACUUGAAAAACAGAUGUCGCUAGUUAUCGGUACAAUGCGCGGUGUACAAUUCAACAAACAAAAUACCUUCGACGACAAUCUAUCUGGGAAAAUUUUGCAAAUUCAUGAGAACCGUAGCCUGGAUAUGUCAUCGGAAUCGGAAUGCGCCCCCGAACCUCCUCCGAGACCUGCAGUCAACUUUGUGCAAAUCAAACCGCCACCUUUACCUCCCAAGAAGCAGCCGGGUGAUCUCUGUAUAAAACCUCCACCACGUCCUCCGUAUUCGGAAGAAUCGCAUUAUGACUACAUGGACAAUUACGAAACGGGUAACGGAAGUGUCGAAUCAAAAAAAUUUGAUAAGAGUCCUCCGCUGCCCGCACCCGCGCGGAAGGUAAAAUUAAACACAGAAUUUUCAACUCCUCCUCAAAGGCCGAAGAAGCAGUUUAAUCUUCAGCAAGGCUGGUCAAGUGAAGAGGACUACUUAACUCCCAUAUCAUAUCCAAAUCAGGCUAAGGAGCCUGAAAAUAAUACGGGUCCAAUUUUAUUACCUCCUCCACAAAGAAGUAUCAAAAAAACUCAGGCCGCACAGGAAAAUGUAACCGUAGCGUCGCUUUUAGAAUCAAAACCUAAUAUAGUCGCACCUACCGCCGAUCAGAAUGCCGCCCCGGUAGAAGGUUUAGAUAUAACUCUCAGUCAACUAACUGUCAGCGGUUUAAACGAAGUGGCAGCUAAACUAAAUAUUGCCGCUAGUCAAUUAAGUAAUAUGACACUGGUACAACUGACCGAGUACAUUUCUAAUUUUCUUAAAAAUAAAGCCCAGGAUGCAAAUAAUACGGCGCCGUCGUUUAGCGAUUUUAAAGCCGAUUUCUCUAACUUCAAUAAUUUUAACGAUGAGCCUCACGAUAAGUACGCAGUUUUCCGCGAGUUGUUAGAGGAAGAGAUUAAGCAGACAAAAAUUGAUACCGAACCGGAAGAACAUAUUGAGGAAAGAAAAAAAGAAGAGAAGCUCAGCAAUUUAGAUGUCAAUAUAAUUAACGAAGGGGGAGACUGUAAAACCGAUCGAUAUGCGGCGUUACGAGAAAUUGCAGACACUGAAAUUAAGGAAACUCUCCAGGAGGAGGAAAGCGUUGACGAAAAUACUUUGAACGAAGCCGAAGUCCAAGAUACUAAAGUUGAUGAUGAUACAAAAUUAAAAAAUGAAACGAAUAUCAUUAAUAGUGAGCGAAUUCUUACCGAGCACGAUGAGGUGUCAAAAGAUGCUGUAAUCGAGUAUAAUGUGGAAAGUAAGCAAGAAAGUGCAGUAGGCGUAGCAGCAGUGAAGUCACCUGUUAAGAUCAAGAGCCCCAUUCCUGGGGCGGUUAAUGACUUGAUACAGACAAAUAGGUUAACAUCUGGAUCUCUGUCGGAUGUUGUCAGCGGUAGCUCACCUGAGAUCGACAACACAGGCAGUACAUCAGAAGUUGUCAAGAAUACAACAGAUGCAACUGAAUUACCUUUAGGUGAAAGUUGGGCAAUUUUUGAUCAACCGAACUUAUCCCAACAAGUGAGUAGAGAUAAGCAUAGCGAAGAGGGCGUUUCGCCUUGGUCUAGUGAUUCGAAAGAGUUCGGAAAUGGAUCCCCGCCGGAGUGGAGGCAUCGUACGGAUUCGGGCAGCGGCGCCGAGCGUUGGGCCUGUCAUAGACGGGAACAGGAAGGUUGGUGGGAUACUUCAGCUGAACCUGAAGUUCAGUACAUUCCAACUAAUCGACGUUCGACUGAUAGUUAUGAGGAAGAAGGCGAUUACUAUGAGAGACCUCCAAGACGGCGACGUCAAAUGGCAUGGACUCACACAGGCGAAGGCGGCCAAGCGGCCGGCGGACAUUCCUCCAGUUCUAGGGACGCGAGCCCAUGGGAGGAGGAGCCGAGAAGGCGUGAUCUUCGCGAUCAUAGAGAAACUUGGUCGUCUAGACAUUCGCGACAGCAGCACUCAUUUGAUAGAACGAGAGAUCGAAGGCAUGCCGACAGUUGGGAUGAGGAGGAUGAUUAUGAAUAUGACGAGGAGCACUCUGGUCGAUAUCAUUGGCCCGAACGACAUAGGGAAGUGGAUAAGGAUCGUCAUACAGGAGGAAUGAGAGAGAGGGAUACUGAAAGGUGGUCCGAAGAUUGGAAUGAAACUAGAAGGUACCGUAGAAAAAGGGAGAAUGAUAGGGACCGGUGGUGUUGUCCAGAUUGGGAACAAGACUUAGGAGAUCCCUCUGUGGCACGCUACAGUGGAACUAGGUGGAGAGAUCGUAAGCACGAAGAAAGGUACUAUGCGCGGGAAUCCAAAGAGUCGCCCUGGGAAGAGGAUUACGCAAACGAUCCGGAGGAAUCGCAUUCGCGUUAUCUUAUGGCCAGCAAAAGGAACUGGAAGAGGCCAAGUAGUGCGUCGGAAAUGGACCGGAAGACAGGUGAGACUAAAUCUCGUAUCGGCCCAUACUAUACGGGCACAGGAGGGAGUGAUAGCGAGCGCGAUCGUCGAUACAAGACGGGCAGAAGGUCGAAAAGCCGAGACUCUCAAUUCGCAGAAUCUCAACCUCGGCAUAAAAUUGAUCCCAAUUUGACUCUGAGGGGACCUUAUCGUACAAAACAGUAUUUGCACCAAAAAUCUCCUUUAGAAAUGGAGUUUGCACACGAUUUUCCUCCCAAAAAAUUAGAACCUUCGAAAGGCGACCUGGGCAGUAAACGAUUCGUGAUGGUCGGCAACCGUAAAAAAACCAAAGAGAUUUCUAAGACUGAUCCAUUGCACACCUUUGUGCGAAAGGCUACAUUUGAAAAUAAUUUUACACCUUCAGAGACUGAAAGUCCCGUAUCUGCUAAUAUAAGUCCUAGAUUUACGUUUGAAAACGACUUUGAAACUUCCGAACCUGAAUCUUCAGUGGCUUCGAAACCAUCGAAAAGCUUACGCCAUCAAAACCUUUUCGAAAACACUCAAAGAACCAAACCACGAUUGAGGUACGACACGCGAAAAACAAAAUUUGAGGAGGAUACACGAAUUUCGCCUUCACGAAGUACUCAAAAGUCGCCGUUCGAAGAUGAUUUCUCGCCUCCUGUUGAAAAAUCCGAGGCGCAACUUCACAAAAAUCUAAGUAAAUCGAGUAUUAAAGAAGAAAUUGACGUAAAUGAGGAAGAUGAUUCCUUUUCUACAAAUAAUUUCGAUAAAAAUACCAUUAGAAAGAAAAUCUUGAAUAAAAAUAGACUUUCCAGCAGCUUUCACAUAGACUCAAACCUCAAAAAAUCCGAAUCUGUCAAUAUUUUUGCUAGGGAAAGCGAUCCAUUUGAUGACGAGUUUUUCUGCAGUAGAAAUAUGCACGAAUUGGAGGACGUAGAUAAAUCUCGAAAUCCUGAACAAAAGUGGACUGAGAAAUUUGAAGCGCUCGACUUCGAAGGUCGAAAAUAGGUAAUUUUCCAUUAUAAUGAUAUGCCGCGGGAAAAGUAGGUUUUUACAGCAUUAAGCAAAGCCGUUGUAUAUACACGUUAAUUAUUCCAGUGUUUAUUUCUUUUGUAAGAACCUAUUUUUGACGCAUUUAGGAUCUUUUAAUGUUAUUUAUUACUGAUAGGUAGGAAAACUUAAUACUCGAUUGUAAUUUGUUAUUUAUGUACCUAGUACGUUAUAUAUUUAUAUACAUUUUUUUAUUUUAAAUUACAUCCUAACACACGACCUAUUUUUAAAAU